AUGAAUGUUAUUUUCUUCGUUAUUUGCAAAAUCGUUUUGAACAUGUCUCACAAAUCCUGGAACUCGGGUAGCAGUCAGGCGAAAGAGAAAAUCGUGUUGGAGCCGGAAGUAAGCUGCGAAGAUCAAGUAAUAAAACGAUCACAUUCCGGACGUGAGCUGGACGAAGCGAAGCUCAGGCAAAUCUCAACCUUGAGGAAAUGCCGAAGCGUGGAUGGGACUUCGAAAAGACCAAAAAUUAGCCACGUUCGCAGACUAAAGACUCAGAAUUUAAAAGUCCCACAGAUCUCCGAGAAAAUUGUUAAUAUCGUCAACAUUCUGCAACACGAAAAUUUUCUGGAUGUGGUCGAUCGGUUCUUCAAACCGAAAUCCAACAAACAACCACGUACCAAAAAGCCACAAUCCAAAAAAUCCAAUGUGAGCAAGAAUCUUGACUGCAAAACUAAAGUGCUCGUGUCCACUGAUAAUAACACUGUGCAAUUUGUCAAAAAUAAAUAA